AUGUCAGACAAAGGACUGCGGGAGAAGGAGGAGUAUUUCAAAGAGCAGGAGUUACUGGAUAUAUCAGAUGAUGAGACAGAUUUCCCCGAUGAAGGAUUCUUGAAGGCAGAACGCGCGCUUGCGGAUUCAAAGGCGAUGCCUCCUCCCCUUGUUCGGCAGAGGAGCAGCUUUCUAGGACCCACGCCCAAGGAGAGACUAGCAGAGUUUGAAGCACACACGGCAAAUCAACGUCCAGCCACGCGGCCUGAAGGGCAUGGACUGACCCGGUCCGCCACUGCUCCAGAACCGGAGAUCACUAAGAGUUUCCCGGUUAUGAAGCCGAGACAGAGACCUUCAUCGAGUCCGGACGACCGUCCUGGGAAGAAGCUGAAGAAGACUGUAUCGAUGCCAGACAUCAAGGCGCAUGACGAUGUCCCGUUCUAUAAGCGAAUGGGCGAACUGCCCAGAGAGUUGAAGAGCGGGAAGAACGUCAAGACAGCCGAGAACAUCAAGCUUGACCCAGAGCACAAGCAGUUGUUACGAGGGAAGACAGUGUACUUCUACCCCAACGAUGACAUAAGUCAGGCCCGUCGACAGCGCAUACAUAAAGUGAUCCAACUGGGAGCAGCAUGGGUCACUCGCUGGCGGGAUGACAUUACGCAUGUUAUGGUAGAUGAUGGGAAUCAUACGUAUUCCCAAAUCCUGCAUCGCUUGAACAGAGCAGGAUUACCUGUAAGUUUUGGGACCCUGCUAGAUCCGACAGCUGGACGGUUUCUAGUCAAAGGCGCCCCGCGCCCGAGCACUACGAGCAAUCCCACUCCUGGUGCGCAUCCUCCAUCAUCCCCGGAGUCCCAAGUUUCCCUUCAAGUCAAGCCGUCCAGGCGCCAAUUUGCGGCCCAAUCAUCACAGAAAAUUGAUUCCGACCCUACGGAAGCCAGCUCCCCGGCACAGCACGGAGGGGAGUCAACCAGUGCUGGUGAGGAAAUUGUGAAGGAUAGUUUCGACUAUCCUGCAUCUUCCCCACCAACAGUUCUAGCUAAACCUGCGGAUGCGUACGAUGACGCUCUGUCGAAAGCUAUCCAGGAGACGAAAGCCGUUGCACACCUUCCUUUGGAUGAAGAGGAAGAAGGUGACUCUCGGCCAUCCAGCUCCGCAGGACAGGACCCAGACUACGGCACCGAUGAUGAAGCCGAACUAAGUCCCAAGCGCGUAAAGACUUCCAAAUCCACAACCACCGUGCCUAAGCAUAAAACAAAAGGUGGCGUAGACCCACCCGCCUUCCAGUGCAUGAACCCAGGCGGCAACUCCAUGUCACAAAACCCUAACGCCCGCACCAUCCAAGUCCUAGAAGAAAUGUUGAAGUACUACGACCAAAUGCAAGACCAAUGGAGAACACUCGCCUACCGAAAAGCCACCGCCACCCUCCGCAAACAAACAACAAAAAUCACCACCGCAAAAGAAGCGGCCGCCCUCCCCUUCAUCGGCUCCCGCCUUGCCGACAAGAUCGAAGAAAUUGUAAUAACCGACCGGCUCCGCAGGCUAGACGAAGCGCGUGAUGAUCCACAGAACAAAGUCCUCCGACUCUUCGUAGGCGUAUACGGCGCUGGAUUGGUGCAAGCCAAUAAAUGGAUCCAAGCCGGCUACAAAACGCUCGACGACCUCGUUACCCACGCAAAACUCACAGAGUCCCAGAAGAUCGGCAUAGAACACUACGAUAACUUCGCGUCUCGAAUCCCCCGCGCUGAAGCCGAAGCCCAUGGUGACUUCGUCAGGAACGCGCUGAAGAAGAUCGACCCAGUGUUCGAAGUCAUCAUCAUGGGGUCCUACCGGCGCGGCGCAAAAGACUCAGGCGACAUCGACCUCAUCAUCACCAAGUCCGGCGCCUCAAUUUCCACCCUCCGCACCGUCGUGUUCGGUCAACUCGUGCCACAACUCCUCAAAGCCAAGUUCCUCAAAGUCAGCCUCGCGACCUCGCACCGCACCGACGACGGCACCCAAUGGCACGGCGCUUCUUGUCUGCCGUCAUCCAAGACCUGGCGGCGUCUGGAUCUGCUUCUCGUGCCCGAGGAAGAAAUGGGCGCCGCGUUGCUCUACUUCACCGGCGAUGAUAUUUUCAAUAGGAGCAUGAGGCUGUUGGCUAGCAAGAAGGGGAUGCGGUUGAAUCAGAGGGGUUUGUAUAAGGAUGUCAUGAGAGGGAAGAAUAGGGAGAAGCUGACGGAGGGCACACUGGUGGAGGGCAAGAGUGAGAGGAAGAUCUUUGAGAUCUUAGAGGUUCCGUGGAGAGAGCCGAACGAGCGGAUUUGCUGA